AUGGAGACGCCUCACGCCCCGUGGUGCCAAUGUCAAACGUCCGAAGGAUACUCAUGCGACAGACCUUGCAGAUGGAAUCCUCCGUCUAUCCAUCCCCAUCUCACUCGCUGCCAGCAUAUUGAUCGCAAUGCACCAUGCCACUUUUUGAAACUACCAACGGAGCUACGUCAGGAGAUCUUUAAGUACUUGAUGCCAACGCGUGAGAUCGACCCGUUGGCUAUCUACCAGAGCCGAUCGCAGACUCAACCGAGCACAGGAUCAGAAGAUCUGCUACGGACCGUGUUCCCAAUGCCGCUACUGAGCCUUUAUCUUGGCUUCAAUCGCGAAGUCUAUGAAGAGGUCAAAGACGUGUUUUACUCCACGGCGACGUUUACAAUCGACGUUAGUAGGGACGGUGUGAUGCUCUGUGGUCGACGAAUACUGGUACCAAAUGGACCAGAUGGGUCGAGGCACUACUCGCCAGGACAAGUAGGAGCUGAUCGCUUUAUUCGUAAUUUCGCCUGGGCCGCCGCUAGGAAUUACACAGUCAUCAUAACGGUUGAACUGAAGUUAAACGGACGUUGGGCGCACAGAAGACGUGGAGUCGUAGACGACUGGGAUGAAGAAGUUGAGAUAUAUGACAUUCGUGAUUUUGUCGCAGUAGUCAUAUCUGGGGUCCUUGCUAAAUCCCGCCUACUUCGCAGCCUCCAGGUGCGCGUGAACCUCAAGAAGUUUUAUUGGGCUCCUAACCUUGUAAUAUCCGUCACCAAGCUCCUCGUUGGUCCAUUUGAACGCCUUCGAUGUGUCCAAAAGCCCCGUCUCAUGGGCACAUUCUGCGGCGACGCAUUAGCUGAGCUAUACGCUCAACGCCAUCGGCCGGGCAACGACAAGCACAACCGUUGCAUAACGCCAACCCUACCCAACCCAUCGCCAAUCAUGGGCCCAGGGAUGGCAGGCUUCGAUUUCUACGCUGCAGAGUGGGAAUGCCAGCUCUCUCUCGAAGCACCAUCGAAGAUCCUAAACAAAUCGCCCAUGACCCAACUCUUCAUGGAGUUCAGAGCCUUCUACAACAGCCUUGCCAACAUUAUGCCGCAUAUCGUUGGAUGCCGUAGCAAGGGUUAUCUGCACCGCGCCCGCGUCGCGCGCGAACACGAGGACAUAGCGGCGUUUCGCGCCGUCAGGGCCGAGUUGGUGCAGCACUGGCAUCACUAUCUCGCGCAGCAAGAGUUCCAGAGAGCCAAGAUAAAUGCCUCUCUGCAGCGGAUGAUCAGGGCAGACGUUUAUCCCUACGAGCAUAACCCCGUACCGGCCGCGGAAGAGGCACAAAACGAACCCGUUUUCAUCGAUCUGACUUGA